AUGACAGCUUCGGUGCGAAUUUUGACGACAUCGUCUGUUGAUUCCAAUCCUGCCAUUCUUCUCGUGGAGCCUGAUGGAUCCAAAAUUUUGAUCAACUGUGGAGAAGGAAGCCAACGGUCUUUUCUAGACUCCCAGCAGCGGGUUUCGACAGUGAAGGCCGUCUGCUUGACGCAUCUGUCUUAUGAAUCCAUCGGCGGCCUACCAGGGAUGAUUCUCACAGCUAGCGAUGUUCAGAACGCGACCAUCGAAAACGCAAAAGCUGCCGCCGCAGCCAAAGUUCGCAAAAGCAAUAAUUCUACACAACUUUUGCCCCCCUUUCCAACGGAUACGGCACAGGGCCUCAACGUUUUUGGACCAGAAGGGACUAACUCUUUUCUCAAGUCUCUGCGGCACUUUAUGAGACGAGAUUCCUUUCGGCUGAACGUCCACGAAGGGCUCGUCGAGGGCAUUCGUGUUUGUCUCCCAAAAACUCGUAAACGCAAAAGUGGUCAACCAGUUUCUGAAGGAGCUUUUUUUUCUGUAAAGAGCUUUCCUUUUGUGGAAAGACGUAUCGGCGAUCGCAAGCGUUCUAGGACUUUGCCGGAGCGCAAAACUCUUUCCUACCUCUUCUGGACACCACGUUUUCCAGGAAAGUUCAUGGCCAACGAAGCGAAAAGGCUUGGGGUACCGAAAGGACCUAUGUAUGGGAUGUUGAAAAGUGGGAACAGUGUGACCUUUUCCGACGCUUCUGGCGAACAACGUACAGUGACAAGCAAUCAGACUGUGCAACCAGAUAGUCCAGGAAUAGGUGUCGCUGUAUUGCGGUAUCCCGAAGAUUUCUUUGAAGAGCAGCUUUUAGUAUUUUUCAAGCAAAUGACAAUGAAGAGAGUAAUAAGCUCGGUGGGAGUUGAAUUGGAAAUUGCGAUCCAUAUUGCUAGUCGGAGCUCGUUUGGUGACAAAAUUGCGCGGCAAUGGAGAGACGAAUUUCCGUCCACCGUACAGCAUUUACUGUUGGACACCGAUAUUAGCGCGGACUCACAUGGCACCCCGUUUCGAUCAGCGGCGCACGGCGCGUUAUGUCGAUCUCUCGUUUGCCCGGACCUGUAUGUACAGGUUAGAGAGCCAAAUACGUUGAGACGACCAUAUGGACCUGAGCUGGCUCGUGCGGGCUCAGAAUUCGUUCUACUACCUCGGGGUAAGGUUGGCUUUUCAGACUUCGUUGAUUAUAACAUAGAUGAUGGCAAAGAGAAAGCGAGAACUUUAGUGAAGGACUCGGGAGCUUCCACGUUGGCGAAGGAGCUUUUGGCUGAAUGCGCUCUAUGCGUGAAUGAAUCAUUUUCAGGGGAGCUCUUUUUCACAGGUACCGGGUCCGCAAUACCAUGCAAGCAUCGGAAUGUGUCCGGAAUUUGUCUCACCUCACCGAAUGGAAACUCUAUUCUUCUUGACGUUGGAGAAGGAACAGUUGGACAACUCCUCCGCGCAAACAGUGGUCCAACAUCAAGUACACUUGCACACAUCAAAGCUGUGUGGAUCUCGCAUCCACAUGCUGAUCAUCACUUGGGGAUUCUACGAUUACUCCACGAUCGGAAGGCGCCCGACCCCUUGUUACUAAUGUGUCCAUCACCCAUUAUUUCGUUCCUGACGGAGUAUUGUUCCAUGGAUUCUGACCUGUCGAGCGCAUACGUUGCCGUUAAUUGCAAUGAUUUGAUCCGAGAAAAUGCAAAGGCGAGCUUUCUACUGAAAGAGGCUCUCGGAAUUGAUAGUAGCUUUGCGGUUCCGGUGACUCACUGUCCAUACUCUUUUGGCUUGAUUUUAGAGGGCACUUGUUUUGGUAAGCUUGUCUACAGUGGCGACUGUCGUCCUUCCAGCCAGCUCGCCAAGUGUGCUUUAGGCGCUGACUUGCUAAUCCAUGAAGCUACUUUUGAAGACGGAAUGGAAGUUGAAGCGGCCUUGAAAAGGCACUCUACCAUUGGAGAGGCUCUUUCGGUUGGAAUGGAAAUGAAAGCCAAAUGCGUCGUGCUUACGCAUUUUUCGCAGCGAUAUCCAAAGGUUCCACCAACUCCAGUCAACCACGAAGGAUCAAUCCCGGUCAUCUUUGCGUUCGAUUUCAUGCGUCUGUCACCCAGCAACUUAGUGAUGGCCUCCAAGGUGACUCCGGCAAUUCGUCUUUUGUAUCCCGAGGAAAGCGAAGGAAGGCAAGGCGCGGAAACUGAAGCAGAGUCUAUAAUGGCAAUUCCUGGACUGUUCGCACAGAGCGAACUCCUGUAG